AUGUCUGCGUACGGGGUAUGGACAACUAAUGACGCGCCAGCAAAGUUCUCUGGUGAAUGCCAAACAAGAAGCGCUGCAGACGUAAUGCGUCUGGAAGCUGAGAAAGAAAAGGCUGAGUCGUCAGAAACCCGCGAAAAGGUACCUAGAAUUUCGCAGUGUUUAUAUCUUUGCGCACCUGGAAGGUGCGAUAUCUUAGGUGCAACGCAUGCACAGGCUGACGAAAUCGUUAAAUACAAUGCAUGCGAAAACAUGGCUCUGAAAUCCAUUCUGAGCCGGGAACAUCGUUAUACAGCCGCAUGUUCCGGCACUCGUUCAUGCCGAACGUUUUCGUCCUUCCAGACGUCGAGGGAUCUGCGAUUGGAUAUUGUUCGUGCUGGGGUUCAUGCAUCCUGCAGUCGACCGGUCAUUGAUACCAGGAAACUGUUUUCUUCGCUACAGCGAUUCCACCAUGUGGAUAUAUAA